UCUACUGAUAGAUGAGCGGGUUUGCUGUGCUUUAAAUAAUAGUUUGAGCUUUCUUUCUCUUUCUUUCGGUCUAUCUUUGUCCUAUAGUGUCUCUGACUACAGCUUCAGGCUUCAAACUGGGAGGACAAAAGAAAAAGCUUUGACAGUUUCUUCAAGAGAACAAUACAAGGACACAGGGAUAUCUGGAAACCUCACUAUGGAUAGCUUGUGGACAAAGUGUUGAGUUCUCCCACAGUUGUCCCUGAAAGAUACAGAGGAGCAUUGGGAUGUCGUGGCUGGUGUGGGUGUGGGCCAGUGUGACAGUCCUGCUAAUGUGCGAGGCCACAUUUUAUGACACCAUACAGCAGCACCUGGCCCCGCCCGGAACAAACAUACAGAUCCUCGAAGGCGGGACAUGUCAAGUCAUCGCUGCACACAGGUGCUGUAACAAGAACAAGAUUGAAGAGAGAUCUCAGACAGUGAAGUGCUCCUGUUUACCAGGGAAAGUAGCAGGAACCACCAGGAAUAAACCCUCCUGUGUUGACGCCUCCAUAGUGAUUGGGAAGUGGUGGUGUGAGAUGGAGCCCUGUCUCGAGGGAGAGGAAUGCAAGACCCUGCCAGACAACUCUGGCUGGAUGUGCUACUCCGGGAACAAGAUCAAAACCACCAGGAAUACCCACCCAUACACAUCCUUGUAGCAAAGCUCAUGAUGGUGAAACUUUACAAAGGAAACAUCCAAGGAGAGAAGCUGAAUCAAGGUUAUUCCAACUCUAAAAGAUCAGCCAUCUCUUGUGUAAGACUUGAAAUAGAUCAAUGAGUCCUCUGAUUAUAAGUCCAUCUGACGCUGAGAAUCAUGGACACCAGACUCUCAAAGAACAUCUUUGUGGGCAACAAACACUUCUGGUUCCCUUAUUAUUUUUUUGACAGAUGUCAAAUAUUCGUUUUUGCCCUGUGAGUCCUGGAUAAUUAAACAUCAUUACUUUGUGUGGAGGGUACUCAUACCAGCUUUACUUCGCCUGAAAUAAUCUUCAUCUGUAUUGUUCUUGGAUGUUCCUCUGUCUUCAGAAGUGAAUGAACAAGUUGUUUCUCCUCCUGUAUGUGGUGAAACUAGCUUCCUAUUUAUUUGGAUGGUACACACACAACAUUUGUCCGAGGGAGACUUUCAUGAAGUAACAUUAAUGAAGAUACUUUGUACAGAACAGAAUGCUGAAGAGGACAUGUCUCAUGCAUGGAAUGACUGAUCCUGUCCAAUCCUUCCACAGAUGGCUCUCUGUUUCCCAGAAAUGUAUCUCUAGUGAAAGACAUUUGAAUGAAUUGUUAUGAUCUAAUUCUAAAAUCAAAUGUCCUUGGCAUGAUUUCAGAAUGUGGAAAGUUAUCAAAUUAGGUGGAGGAAAUGUUUUACAAAAAUAAAAUGAAUUCAGAACAUUCUGUUACAAUUGUAUUCAAGUGUAUGUGCUUGCAAACAAUAGUUUAAAUAUGUGAAAAGAAAAAGAAAAUGGAUGAGGAAGUGCAUUACAGGAACAGGCAUGUUUAUGUAUUCUUGUCCACUGUUCUUAAUGCAAUUUGUCAAUUGGUUAAAGAUGCUAUUUUUUAUUAUUUGUUGGGCUUCAGUAAUAUUUUAACAAAUUUAGCAAUCAAUGCUUAACUGAAGUGUUAUGAAAAUGAACAUGUUUAAUGAAAAACUAAUAG